AUGGUGUCCUACCUCCAUUUACUGCCCUUUUUGGGUGUAUUGUUUGCAAGUAGUGUUCACGCGAAGCCAUCAAGUGUUGGUGAUGGGAACAACACUGUGGGAAACUGGGAUUAUGUUCCUGGGGCAUACAUUAUUGAGUAUGAACAAGGCCAUACCUUAUCGACUAAGAUCGCAUCGCUUGCUCCUGUGAAGAACGUAUGGCCCGUUAUGCGCUAUCAGAAUCUCAACAUGCGCAAAUUUGCGUCCUCAAAGGGUAUUAAACACAACCUCGGUGGCCACUCACAGCAUGCGUCCAGAACAGCAGCAGGCAGCGACACCGGAUAUGCGCCACAUAUAUUAACCCAGGUCGAUAAGCUACACACAGAAGGAUACACAGGCAAAGGUAUCCGUAUCGGCAUUGUAGACUCUGGUGUUGAUUACAAGCAUCCCGUUCUAGGCGGCUGCUUUGGCGAAGGCUGCGUUGUUGCCUACGGCAUGGACUUGAUUGGUCCUGAUUUCAACGGUACAAACACACCUGUGCCUGGUCCAUAUCCAUAUCCCGACUGUCUCGGCCACGGAACGCAUGUCUCUGGAAUUAUUGCGGCUCAAGAGAACCCUUUGGGUUUUAUUGGUGCCGCUUACGGCGCAACUCUGGGCAUGUAUAAAGCAUUAGACUGCGGAGGUGGCUCUUCCAAUGAUGUACUUAUGGCAGCAUUCAACCAAGCGUAUGAGGAUGGGUCAGAUGUCAUCUCAAUCUCUAUCGGAAUAUAUUCUGGGUGGACAGAAGACCCCCUCGCCGUCACGGUGUCGCGAAUCGUCGACGCUGGUGUCCCGGUGGUUAUCGCCAACGGCAACCAAGGUCCUGCUGUUUUUAGUUCGGCUUCUCCCGGCGAUGGUAUGGGUGUCAUGAAUGUGGCGUCUAUUGAUAACACAGAGACGCCUUUUCUAGGUACUGAGGCUUUUACGAGCCUUCAUAGUCCCUCUGGUAACCUGACUUCUUUCGCUUGGUUACCCGGAACGCCCGCGUUCCCAAAUAUCACUCUGCCAUUAUGGGCUGUUACUCCUAAUGCUACCACGGAUGGAAGCUCAAGCGCUUGUAGUCCGCUCAGUAGCAGCGCGCCUACCGAUCUCAGCGAUAAAAUCGUUCUCGUGGAGUUAGCGGGCUGCGAUGAUCCCACCAUUGCGGAAAAUCUUGCGAAGAACAACGUUAAGUACAUUAUGUACUAUAGCAGUGAUGAUGAUCUUGAUGACGUGUAUAGCGUUAGUACCGCACCCAGCACUCUUGGUGCCGGGAUGGUGCCUCUACAGCAAGCCGCGAUAUGGCUAGAUCUCUUGGGUAAGGGCACAGAUUUGUACGCAAAAAUGGUUGAUCCUCAGUCUGCCAAACCUGCAGCGACAUACUUCCCAAACAAUUCCACCGGCGGUUAUCUAAGUUAUUUCUCAAGCUGGGGUCCAACAUGGGAGGUAGAUGUAAACCCACACAUUGCUACCCCAGGAGGCUCAAUUCUUUCUACGUACCCUUUGGAUAUGGGUGGAUACUACGUUGACUCUGGUACAUCCAUGGCCACACCGCUUAUGGCUUCGAUAUAUGCCUUAAUCAUGCAAGCACGAUCCAUCAAGGAUCCCAAAACGCUCCUGAGCAUGAUAUCAUCAACAGCAAAGCAAACCAAAUACUAUGAUUUAUAUCAAUCCAUAUUUUACAACGAUCCGGCUCCUGUGGCGCAGCAAGGAGCUGGAUUGGCGCAGGCCUAUGAUGCCAUUCAUGCAACAACCACCCUUAGCGUUUCAAGCAUCUCUCUCAACGAUACGGACCAUUUUGUGAAUAGAACAGAUUUUACAAUCAAGAAUGGGGCCAAACAAGCCGUGACUUAUUCAAUUGGUCAUCUCCCCUCUAGGUCUAGAGACACUUUUAAAGCUGGUGUGUCAACGCCAUCACAGAACUCCAAUUCGAGCUCCGCGGCCGCAACAUUAACUUUCUCGGCUACAAAAGUCACGAUUCUAGCAGGCGGCUCUGCUAAGAUUACCAUCAAAGUAGCUCUUCCGCAAGGACUUACUCAAGCAAAUCUUCCUGUGUACAGCGGAUACAUUUCGCUAAAUGGCACCAAUGGCGAGAAAUUGGUUAUUCCUUACUUGGGAGUAAUUGGAAGCUUGGGCAGCCUUCAGGGUAUAGAUGCGGGCAAUAGCUACAUUUAUCAUUCAACAGGCCAUUCCUGGCAACCGGCUCCUAACAACGAUACUUGGACCAUCCCUUACCCUUCAGUUGGUAGCCAGCCUCCAGCUUCAGCAGCUAUUGACUGCCCUGCGCUAUAUAUUUUGGCUAACACUGGUGUGCCUCUCAUAAGGGCAGAUAUCAUCCCCCUUGGUGAUACACCAGCCAAUACCACGAAAAUUUUGGGUCUUGACACAGCUGGAAGCUUCCCCGGAUAUCCUAUACAAUGGGUCGACGCGAACAUUUACCAAACUCCAUUUAACGGCGUAACUCAAGAAGGCGUUAUAUUGCCAGAGGGCAGCUAUGCUGUACUUCUGAGAGGGUUGAAGAUAUUUGGAAGCGCGAGCAAUGCUGAUGACUAUUACAUUGUGCAGACACAGUCAUUUAACAUCAAAUAUAACUCCACAGCGACUUAAGCAAAUAUCGGAUGGGCCCAUACAAAGU